UUGCUAAACAACUACUCACCUUACAGGUACGUUUUCCUCAGUCAGCUGAUACAAGCUAGAGUAUAUUCACAGGUGGGAUAAGUAAGAGAAGAGGAUGUUUCAGCGAAGGAAGACGGCUUUUAGUUCAUCAAAAUAUGUCGUACUUAGGACCUGACAGCCAUCUACCGCCAACAGAACAUUUGGGAUAAAGACCACCGUACUGUGAGGUCACUAUCCAAGAUGGCGCUCCCCGUGAGGACUAAUAUGAAGCAUCUCUUCGGAUUAAUUCACAAGUUUAACUCUUCUAAAAGACUCCUCUGCUCUGCAGCAUGCUCGGGAAACAAGGAGCCUGCAGGAGGGGGCCGUGUGUUCUCUGGGAUCCAGCCCACCGGGGUGCCCCACCUGGGGAACUACCUGGGGGCUCUGGAGAACUGGGUGUCCCUGCAGAGCCAGUUCCCCUCCGUGCUGUACAGCAUCGUGGAUCUGCACUCCAUCACUCAGCCUCAGGACCCGGCUCAGCUGCGCAGCAACAUCCUGGACAUGGCCGCCAGUCUGCUGGCCUGCGGCAUCGACCCGGAGAGAGCCGUGCUCUUCCAGCAGUCUCAGGUGUUGGAGCACGCUGAGCUCUCCUGGAUCCUCGGCUGUUUGACCACCAUGCCCCGCCUCCGACACCUGCCGCAGUGGAAGAUGAAGAGCAAACAGAAGAAUGAGGGCAGUGUCGGUCUCUUCACGUAUCCCGUCCUCCAGGCUGCAGAUAUUCUCCUCUACAAGUCGACUCACGUGCCCGUCGGAGAGGAUCAGGUCCAACAUCUGGAGCUGGCGCAGGAUCUCGCUCGGAUCUUCAACAACCGCUACGGAGAUCUGUUCCCUGAACCCGCCGCGCUGCUCAGCUCUACACGAAAGGUCAAAUCCCUCCGCGACCCUUCAGUCAAAAUGUCCAAAUCCGACCCUCACGCCAUGGCAACCAUCAGCCUCACGGACUCCUCGGACGACAUCGCCCUCAAGCUGCGUCGCGCCGUCACCGACUUCAACUCGGAGGUGACGUUCGACCCGGAGACGCGGCCCGGCGUGUCCAACCUGGUGACGAUCCACGCUGCCAUGGCGAUGAUCGGCGUGGAGGAGGCGGUGUCUCAGGCCGCCGGGUUGGACACGGGGGCUUAUAAGAGGCUGGUGACUGAGGCGGUGAUCCAGAGGGUUACACCAAUCAGAGAGGAGAUCCAGAGGCUGAGGGCGGACCGCCAACACCUGGAGGGGGUGCUGCGGGAGGGGGGCUGCCGGGCGCGAGAGUUAGCUGCACCCGUCCUGAGGGAGGUCCGGCAGAGGGUGGGCUUCUCCUGAGAGGAGCUGGGUUUAAACUGCAGGAUGGACUCAGAUCUGCUGCUGCUGGUAUCAGGUUUUAUUCCUGUGACUGUUAACAUCUCCAGGAUGUUCAAGGUGUAACUCAUGACAGCAACAUCUAUUCCCCCACCUCCUCUCAGGUGGGCUUCUCCUGAGAGGAGCUGGGGGAAUAGAUACGAUACGAUAAUACUUUAUUGGUCAGAUCAAGUCUGACAUUUGCAUCACAGCAGCUCCAUGUGUAACAUCAACAUAGACAAAUAUCAAGACACAAUACAUGACCAACAAGCAUUUAACAUAACAGCACCAUCACUGAGAGAAAACCUGCUCAAAGAGCCUUCAGCGUGCAUUUGAUCUGGGAUCAGCUCUGUGUUUACUGUGAGGAUUGACUGGAGCACAAAGGAUGCUUCAGUCUGACUUGAGAGCUGGGUUUAAACUGCAGGAUGGACUCAGAUCUGCUGCUGCUGACAUCAAGUUGUAUUCCUGUGACUGUUAACAUCUCCAGGAUAUUCAAGGCUGGAACUCAUGACAGCAACAUGUGGUGGAAGCAAAGUGGAAAGGACUCAAACGUUGUGACUUUAAACUGAUUUGCUGGUGAUAUUUUGCCCUCUAUGUUUGUCUUCUAUCUUUGUCUCAUUUAAAUGAAUGAGGGCGGGGGGAACGUCUUUUAAAGCAAUGCUAAUGUUGCUCUUCUCCAUCCAAACAAGACAACAUGUCCCUUUUUGUUUCUGCACUUCUUUUUAAGACUCUGUUACUUAUUUAUCUAAUUGUCUUUGGGGUUUUAAAUGUAUGUGUUUUCCAGAAUACCACAUGCUAUUCUUUACAGGAUCUUGUCUUUAUGGUUCUUGAUGCUAACGGUUCUCAGCCAAUCUGCCGUGCCACUAAAAUCAAGGAAACGUUAGAACAAUAUAUUCUAAGACGUAACUUAUAUAGUUAUACAGGUCUUGAACAGUGUCCGUCAUGCACAACAGAGAGGGUCAAUAAAAACCAUUGAUACAUGAGUGAAGGAUUGUCUCGUCUCUAGCUGCUGCAUGAAACUCUUCAGGACACGACGCCGUGUGUGUGU